AUGGCGGAACUGCUGCGGAGCCUGCAGGAUUCCCAUUUGGUGGCGCGCUUCCAGCGCCACUGCGGGCUCUACCCGGCGCCCCCGGAGGCCCCCCAGGAGCCCGCCGCGGGCUCCGGGGACCGGGCGCCGCAUCCGGACUCCCGGCAUCCCCAGGCGGUCAAUGGCAAGGGAGGCCGGAGCGGCGCCUCCCCGCAGCCUCUCACUCAAAAGUAUAUCGUGAAGAAUUAUUUCUACUACUACCUGUUCAAGUUUUCAGCUGCUUUGGGUGAAGAAAUUUUUUAUAUUACCUUCCUUCCAUUCACCUACUGGAAUAUUGACCCGUAUGUGACCAGAAGGUUGAUAAUGACAUGGGUGGUGAUUAUGUAUAUAGGUCAAAUCUUGAAAGAUAUUCUGAAGUGGCCCCGGCCCUCCACCCCUCCUGUUGUGAAACUAGAAAAGAGACUAGCUGAUGAAUAUGGGAUGCCAUCUACUCACGCCAUGGCGGCCACAGCAAUCUCGUUCACAUUUCUCUUCUCUACAAUGAACAGAUACAAGUACCCCUUUGCAUCGGGACUAAUGCUGGCCAUCUUCUUUUCUACCAUGGUAUCCCUUAGCCGGCUCUAUAAUGGAAUGCACACAGUACUGGAUGUGAUUGGUGGCAUUCUGAUCAGUGGAUUAUUCAUUGCAGUCACUUACCCAGCAUGGGACCUCAUCGAUCACCUGGAGUCUGCCAGUCUGCUCUUCCCUAUAUGUAUUUUCAUAGUGCCUUUCUUCUUAUGUUACAACUACCCAGUAUCAGAUUACUAUACUCCAACCCGAGGAGACACCACCACAAUUCUAGCUGCUGGAGCUGGAGGAAUCAUUGGAUUCUGGAUCAAUCCUUUUUUCAAAUUAGUAUCUGAACCCACCGAAUCUGCCAUACAAAGCAUCCCCCCACUCACAACCAAAAUAUUAGUCUUGGGAAUAACCAAGUUUAUGGUUGGAAUUGUGGUGGUUUUCUUGGUUCGUCAACUGAUGCGAAAUCUUUCACUCCAAGUGCUUUACUCUUGGUUCAAGGUGGUCACCAAGAACAAAGAAGCCAGACAAAGACUGGAAAUUGAAGUCCCUUACAAAUUUGUAACAUAUUCUUCAGUUGGCAUCUGUGCUACGGUAUUUGUGCCAAUGCUCCAUCAGUUUUUGGGAUUACUUUGAGCAACAUGCCGUCAAAGGAGAGCCCAUAGAGACAAUGUAGUCCUAGAAAGGUCAUGCAAUGGAAAACACCUGUCACAGUCAUCAUCCUUGCCACCAUCAUUGCCACAACUAUUGCCACAACUAUCAGUGCCAGCCUUUUCUUUCCUCUAUGUCUACCACUCUCAAGAAAACAAGUGAGAGAGAAAGAGAGAGAGAGAAAGAGAGAGAG